GGAUCCCUGUCAGGAUUCUGUGAGUCUUAGAUUGAGUCAGUAGGUCUGUCAGUCAGGGGUUAGAGUCGACGUGGUGAGGUUUGGAACCACCACCCGGUUGUGCACUUUUCACCAUGGUUGAGACCCGCAGUGGGAAGGACACUAGCCCCUACACCAAGGAGCAGCAAGAAAAAAUGGCCGCCUUAGUUAAGGAGAAUAGGGAGAGAAAAGAGCGCGAGAAGCAAGCGAAGUUAAAGGCGAUUGCAGAGGAACAGGCGGUGAAGAUGAAGGAAUUGGAGGAGGAGAUGGAGAAAAAGAAGAAGGCUGUUGAAGAAGAAGCGGCAGCAGAAGAAGAAAAAGAGAGAAUGUGUAUUGAGAGUAGAGAAGGGAGUAGCGGCAUGAAGAGAGAUACAGACAUAGAGAUGGAGAAGAGAAUAAGUGAGUGGGUUGCUAAUUUAUCGUUGGGAGAAGACGAGGAGGCGGAGUCUUACGUGACUGAGGAUGAGAGGGCUGCGCUAGCCAGUGAGCUAGCAGCAAUGACAGAUCCUAUGGAACGGCGAGAAAGGGAGGAGGAGCAGAAAUUGGCAUGGAAGUUGAGGAUGAAGAGGGAGAAGAAGAGGAGGAGAGAGGAAGUCAAUAAACUAACCGCAGAGGUGGCAAAGGUGCAGGAGUGCAGGGAGGAGGUGUUGGCCCAGCCGGGUGACAAGCCCAAGUGGGAUAAGGUAUUGGGGUACCUAGAGGUGCUGAGCAAAGCCUGGAUGGAGGAGCGCCAGGCCAGUUGGAGCCAAGACGUAGCUUUGAGUGCCAUGCGGUCGGGGUUCAGAGACUUUGCGCGCGAGAUCGUCACCCACAUUGGGGGCGAAGUCAGGCAACUAAGGGACAACGUAGGGAAGUUUUGUGAGGGCGCUAUCGAGGGCGCCAAAGCCAUAGCCGCUGUAGAAGGCGAGGCCAGGCCUCGCAAGGACCCAGUUAAGCUUAAAUUCCCAGAUGCUUAUGGAGGGAAGAAGGAAGAGAACUUUGACAAAUGGGAAGCCAAUUGGAGGAGUGCAAGAGCAGUCAAGGGUACCAUGGACGACUUGGUAGCCGUCCCGGACCAUGGGGUCACUGAGACCCAGUUGGUCCAGUUAUUUUAUCGUGCCAUGCCAGAGGCCCUACGUGGGCAUUUCUUUGACAAGUCUCAACAGGUCGGCAUCACUUACGAUGCGUUGAGUAGAGAAGUCGUCCUGUAUGAGUCAAAGUCCAUGCCAGUUACCACUUUCUGGCAUAGGGACUUAGAUAAGGGAAAAAAGUGGAAAGGUCGUAAGAUCUCAGGCCAAGUAAGGGCCAAGGAUCACAUGAUCCUUACUUUAGAGGAAGGUGGUACUGACGAGGUCCCAUACAGUCAGAUUGAGUGGGGCCUAGAGGAAGAGGACAGUAGCGUGGGACAGGGGAGGUCUUAUGCUGCUGUCGCGGCUGGAGGGAGGCCUCCAGUUAGAGGAGGAGGCCAGGGCCAAAGGCGCCAGGCCAUGGGAGGCCGAGGACCGAGCGCACAGGGGGUUGGCGGACAGGGAAACCGCCAAGUGAGAGGUGUAGAUAACACCUUGGCACAUUGCUGUCUCAGUGCUCCCGCGUUCACGCGGUUAGUGAAGAAGGAGCGAUUAGAAGAACAAGUCUUUGUAGUUUAUGUUAGACCUGUCACUGAGGCCAAGAAAGCGGAUAGCUCCACAGAUCCAAUCAUUGCCAAGCUACUGGAGGAGUUCAAAGAUUUGACCGAGUCGCCGACAGGAGUAGUGCUGCGACCCAUCCAGCACCGGAUAGAGAUAGAGCCUGGCAGUAGAACUCCUAAGGGUGCAGUCUACAGAAUGUCCCCUAGAGAGUUAGAGGAGUUGCGCAAGCAGUUAGAUGAGCUCCUAGAGAAAGGUUGGAUCAGGCCCAGUUCGUCUCCUUUUGGAGCACCUGGCCUGUUUGUCCCGAAAAAGGAAGGAGAGCUGAGAAUGUGUAUAGACUACAGGGGUUUGAAUGCGAUUACCGUGAAGAAUGUUGAGCCGCUGCCCAGGAUAGAUGAUCUUUUAGAUCGAGUGCAGGGUUGCAAGUAUUUUUCUAAGAUAGACCUGAAGUCCUGUUAUCAUCAGAUAGAGGUCCAUCUUGAUGAUCAGUAUAAGACUGCGUUCUGGACUAGAUAUGGGCACUAUGAGUUCAUAGUGAUGCCCUUUGGACUGACUAACGGGCCAGCUACAUUUCAGUGUUGCAUGAAUGAUUUGUCUAGACCCUGGUUGGAUAGGUUUGUCGUAGUUUAUUUAGAUGACAUCUUAGUUUUCAGCAAGACCCUCCAAGAGCAUCAGGGUCAUCUGAGGCAGGUCUUGGAGAAGCUUAGAGAGGCUAACUUCAAGAUCAACGCGAAAAAGUGUGAGUGGGCCAAGACACAAGUCCUGUACUUGGGCCACGUAUUGGACGGAGACAGCAUUAAGCCAGAGGACAGCAAGAUCGCGGCGAUUAGAGACUGGCCGACGCCCCGCACAUUGACAGAGUUGCGGUCGUUCCUAGGCCUAGCUAAUUAUUAUAGAAAGUUUGUGAGGAACUUUUCUACUAUCGCCGCUCCCCUGCGCAGAUUGCUUAAGAAAGAGGCAAUCUGGCAAUGGGACAAGGAUUGUACGUCUGCGCUCAAGAAGUUAAAGUGUGCGUUAAUAGAGUACCCCGUCCUCAAAGUAGCAGAUCCGUCUUUGCCAUUUGUCGUCACCACGGACGCAAGUCAGUAUGGGAUAGGUGCCAUGUUGCAGCAAGACGACGGAAAUGGCUACAGACCAGUAGAGUUCAUGUCAGCGAGGAUGCCCUCAGAGAAGGUAGCCACCUCGACGUACGAGAGAGAACUCUACGCUCUCAGGCCGGCUCUAGAGCACUGGAAGCAUUACCUGCUUGGGAGGCACUUCAAAGUGUACUCUAACCAUGAGACCCUUAGAUGGUUAAAGACUCAGGCCAAGAUGACACCUAAGUUGACUAGGUGGGCCGCAGAGAUAGACCAAUAUGACUUUGAGCUUAAGCCAGUGAAGGGCAAGUACAACGUAGUUGCGGACGCUCUGAGUAGGAGAUCAGACUACUUUGGAGCCAUAGUACACUAUCUGGAUAUAGGGAGAGACCUGCAGGAGAAAGUGAAGCAAGCGUAUGCGCAGGACCCUAUCUAUAGCGACCUCCUAUCUAUAGCGACCUCCUAAAGUUAGAGAGGCCCCAGAGACUGAGCCAGAUUACCGCACUACAGACGGGUUGCUGUUUGAGAAGACUAACGUAUUUGACCGCCUGUGCGUUCCCAACAACGAAGAGAUUCGUAGUCUAAUCCUAGGGGAAUGCCACGAUACUGAGGGACACUUCGGUUGGCAAAAGACUUUAGCCAACCUGAUGCGUGCAUUCACCUGGCCAGGAAUGAAGAAUGACUGCAUAG